UGUUGGGUUUUGUUGUGCACUUACUUCAUUCAGUCGUCAGAGACAUGUCAGGGAAAGUUAUUGUGGUGUUUGCAUUGCUGGUUGCACUGCUGGUAUCCUGUGCAGCUGGAGAGGCUGAAGACACUCAUCUACUACAGCAGCUCCUAGCCAAGAGGGAGAAAGUGAGAGGCACAGGUGGCAGACAGGAGCCGGCGCCUCAGGCUGUCUCUGCACGAAUGGAGAGACGGGCACACCUUUCAGAGGAUGAACGGGAGAUUAUGACCAAACAAAUAAUGCAAGCCAUCUCAGAGAUGAUGAACUCUGAGUGCAUGCUGGAUCGGGACUACCAGGGCUGGGUGGACUUCGGACGCCGCAGCGCAGAGUGAGACACGGCGAUGAGAGCUCAGCCUCGCUGCUUCUUCACAUUUUAUACAAAGUCAAAUGUUUUACUCUCACUGCAACUUUAUAAAUAAAACCUUUUUGCAGAAUUA